AUGUCGUGCAGCGAGGAGCAACUUCGAGCCAUGAUUGCUCUGCUCAGCCAGAAUGUAGCAUUUGGACCCAUCAGCUCCUGGGGUCCAGAGGUCUUCAUCGAAAUCGGUGCUUUUGCUGCUGGGAUUCCAGACAUGGCCAUGUCUGCCCUGGUGAAGGAACAGAUAGAGGGCAUCACCCCCCUCGCCAUCUCUCUAAUUACAGCGGAAAAGUUUGCAGUUGUGUUUAAUCAGGCCCAGAUCAGUCUCUUCUCAUAUGAGCAGGCAGCGGCAGUCACCACGGCCCAGCGUGCAGCUCUCAGCCCGGUACAGGAAACCGCUCUCUCCAUGGUCCUCAACCCUCUGGAGGACAAACCUGUGGAUUUCAGAGGCAGGUCGUCAGGGAUAAAAAUCUUUGGGAGUCUUUGUCUCGUCUGCAGUGUACUGGUGUUACAUUCGACGCUGAUUUUCAGUGGCCGUCUCUGAUGAAGCAGCUUUCUUAUAAGACCAGCCGUGUGCUUUUUAAUUUCCUUCAUAUUUGUAAUAUUAUAUAUACAGUAUAUAUGAUC